UUCAGCCCUUCAUCCAACACCCAGUCAAUCAGUUAGUCCUCCCCGCCCACACGCCCCCUUCAAUUUGGGUAGCUCUUUCUCUCUCUCUCUCUCACUCUCUUUCUUUCACUCUCACUCACAUUGUCACUCAGUAGAGUCAACUCAAGCCACACCCACCUCCGGGCGUGCCCGUGGUUGUUCAGGAGUUGGGCCAUUGGCGCCGAAAAUAUUACAGCCGAUUUAGACAUGGCUGCUAACAAUUUUUUCGGCUAUCCAGCCCCGCCCCACGCUACGCCCACCUACUCGGCCCCGCCCAAUCCCGCCGCUGCCGGUUAUGCCCCGGGCCCACCCGUGGCCGUAGCUAGCGCCCCACCCACCGGCGUGCCGCCGAGCGGACCCAAUCCGGCGGCUGUGGCCUACAAUGCGGCUUCCGUGGCGCCCACUUAUCGAGCCGCCCCGGCCGCGGUCGUGGCUUAUUCGGCCUAUCAACCGCCGCAUCAAAGUACGGUUAGUUACGCGGCCGCCCCCGUGGCCAGUGUGGCUGCUCCGCCCACGGUGACCGCCUCUUAUCCGGUCCCGGCCACUUAUGGCCAGUAUCCGCCUCCCCCGGGUCCGGGUCAGCCCGUCUAUGAUCCCAGCAAGCAAGCCGCGCCCACCUAUAACCAUCCUUAUCCCAGCAACGUGGGCGUGACCGUGUCGUAUUCGGUCUCGGACCCGCAUUAUCAAGCCCGCCCCGUGUACAGCAAUAACUCCACCGUCAAUGUGGUGGCCCGCCCCGCCGUCAUCAACGCGCCCCGCCCCAGCUACACCACCUACGCCCAGAGCUCGUCCACCUCGUCUUACACGUAUGGGGCCGCCCCAGCUCCCAUGGCCGGUCCACCCACCGGUCCACCUAAUCAGCCCAAAGCCAACAUCUAUCUCACGGGGCAGCCCAACCCGCCGGCCAUGGGCUUGGCCGCCUUGCCGCCCGGCGUUCAACCGCCUCCGCCCGUGGCCAAAGUGGGUCCGCCUCAUUGGAUUCGGGCCCAAGUCCCGCCCGGUCCGUUGCCCGGGCCCCAUCCGCCCCGCAUCUUGGCGCCUGCCGGUCUGACCCAUCAAAGAGCGUACAAGCCACGGGUAGCGCCCAAACCGCAACAACUACACUAUUGUGAGGUCUGCAAGAUUUCGUGCGCGGGGCCCCAGACCUACAAAGAGCACUUGGAAGGCCAAAAGCACAAGAAAAAAGAGGCCGCACUCAAAACGGGCUCCCACGGGCCGUCCACUCGGAGUGGUAGUGCCUUGCGUUGCGAGUUAUGUGAUGUGACAUGCACGGGCUCGGAUGCGUAUGCCGCUCAUAUUCGCGGUUCGAAGCAUCAAAAAGUGGUCAAGCUCCAUACCAAACUGGGCAAGCCCAUUCCUUCGGUUGAUCCCGUUCUGGUCACUAAAUCCAGUGAAACCGAAAGUGUCCCGGCCAAUACUCCGCCCGUGGCUGUGGUCAACACCAGUUCGAAUGCCGGACCCGCCAAAACAGUGCACUUGGCUGCGGCCACGGCGCCCAAACCGGUACCCGUCCCGAAGAUCACAUUUGUAGGCGCUCAUCAAGCCAAAACCGAGCCUGAAAUCAGUAAGUCUGGCCAUAGCUCUGUUCUUCAAAAUGAGGUCACGAUUCCCCGACUGCCCGAUGAAAAGGAUAUUCAACCCGUGGGCCAUGACUACAUAGAAGAGAUCAAGAGCGACGAUGGGAAGAUAACCAGUUUCAAUUGCAAGCUUUGCGAUUGCAAAUUCAAUGAUCCGAACGCCAAAGAGAUGCACAUGAAAGGUCGUCGACAUCGGUUGCAGUACAAAAAGAAGGUCAAUCCUGAUCUAGUUGUGGAUAUAAAGCCGUCACUUCGACAGCGUAAGAUCGCCGAAGAACGAGCCAAACGAUGCCAAGCCCGUGAAGAAUUCUGGAAGCGACGGGAGGAGGAGUUCAAGAUGUUGGAGGAGGAGGAACGAGCCUUUUGGGAGGAGCGACGCCGUUUUGAAGAGGAAAAUGGCGGCCUCCACGAUUGGCAUCGAGGGCGGUUCCCGGGUCCUCGCGGAUCGGGUCCCAUGCCUCCCCGAUUUGGACCGCACAUGUUCGGGUUCCCACCCAUGAUGAGAAGACCCGACACCAUUGAAGAUCGCCACGUGAACGCCAAACAUUCGCAAAUAUACCCGAACGACCCGGAUUUAGAACUGAUCCGCAGCCUCGUCAAUCAAACUGAAAAGGCCCUGAAAAUGGUCUCGGAUGAAUUGGCAGUGGCCGAGGGUCAAGCGGACAGCAAAACUGGUAAAGUGGAAAAACCAGACCCCAACGCGGGAAGAGAUCUGAAAGGUGUUAUGCGAGUGGGGAUUUUGGCCAAAGGCUUGAUUUUAAACGGAGACCACCAAGUACGGAUUGUAGUUUUAUGCGGAAAGAAACCUACUUCAUCUCUUUUGGAUAAAGUAGUGAAUCUCUUACCCGGGCAAAUGGCCAAGCUCUCCACGGAUGUCGAGUACACCCUCGAGAAGCUCAUGGAGAAGGCAGGUUUUACUUUGACCACUAAGAAGGACAUGGAGACCACCAAGAAGAAGGCCAUUCUUGAAGUCACCCUAACCUCUCCAUUAAUCCGGGACGAGGCCUCACCAUCCAGUGGUCCUGACCCCGAGGAUCUCCUAGACCUAGACGUGUGCAAAGAGGCUCUCGCCGCUCUUCGCCAUGCUAAAUGGUUUCAAGCUCGUGCUGCCCAAUUACACUCGGCCGUUACUCUUAUUCGGGUCCUGAGACACUUGUUCUCGAAGGUCCCGGCUUGGCAACCCAUUAACUUGUUCACUCUUGAGCUGCUGGUCGAGAAAUGCUUGGCCUCCGUUGGGGGACCACUGUCCCCUGGAGACGGAUUUCGCCGCGUCUUCGAGGCCCUUGCCUCCGGUAUUCUAUACUCUGACUCGCCCGGAUUUCUCGAUCCUUGCGAACGGGAACCACGAGACACGGCCGCCAAUUUGACGCCUCAGCAACGAGAGGACAUCGCGUCAAGCGCUCAGCAUGCGUUAAGGUUGAUCGCCUUUCGACAGGUUCACAAGGUCCUGUGCAUGGAGGCGUUGCCACCACCCAAGUCUGGGGCCCGGCGAUUCACUCGCAAACGCCGUCUGGACGAGUCUUCAACAUCGGAAAUGUUGGGCGAUGAGGAAUCCGGUGAGAAAAAAGACAAGAAAGAGACUGGAGCAUCGUCGGCUCUAGGUCGAGCUGAAGAAACGGCGGCUCAAGGCAAGGUUGGAGAUACUUCUGUGGAUGGAGGUGGAGAGGGAUCGUCCAAGGAAGCUAAAGCUGAGGAUGGAACUCAGACUGAGUAUGAAACCAAAUUCGGACAGAAACUCAUGGAAAAAAUGGGCUGGGAAAAGGGGCGUGGAUUAGGCGCCAGUGAACAAGGCAAUGUGGAUAUCAUCACUUUGAAGCACAAAGACGAUUCCAAAGGUAUCGGAUUCAAAGGUCACGACGACACAUGGAUUGCCCACCAAGACGGCUUCUCCUCGGUUUUGGCCGCAUUGAAUGCGGCCCACGGUCCCGAAGACGAGGCUGAAGUCGAUAUUGAGAUCAAAGAGAACUCCACCGAGGAGAAAAAGUCCCUGGAGACUACAUCCAAAUCACGAAAGAGACGGGUGCACUAUCACAAAUUCACACGAGGCAAGGAUUUAAGCCGGUAUUCCACCACGGAUCUGGAAUGUAUUUUGGGUUCUCAAGCCGUGGAUCUUAAACGUAAAAAGGCUGCGGAAGCAUCCGAUGAAGAGGAUGAAGAAGAAUCCUCAAUGACGCCCAUGAUUGGCUUUCAACAGAACGGAAGUGAUCAGGAAAAGACAGAAGAUGUCACCCAGAAGGAGCAUGGUCUUGUGACGAUUAAGCGUGGGAGCAUGAAUGCGUAUUUUGCCGAGAAAAUGGCAGCCUUAAAGGCCAAACGCAACGGGUCGCAUAUGGAAACUGAGACCUAUGAAAAGGUCGAGACCGAUGAAACCGAUGAGAAGAUUGUAUCGAAGAAAAUCAAGACCAUGCGAGAAUCCCUCUUAGAAACAUCUGAGGAAAAAGACGCGACGAUCAUCACCGAGCUUGAAAUUGACACUGAAACGACGGAAACUACUGAAAUAAAGAAGGCUAAGAAAUCGAAAAAGUCGAAAGCUGAAAAAGCUGAGAUGGGAGAUGAACAACCUUGCAAGGAAAAUGGGGACGAAAGUGGUAGGGAAGUGAAGGAGGAGGUAACCGAUGAAGAGCCCGAAAAAAGGAAAUCCAAAAAGAAGAAUAAAAAAGCGAAGAAAGAGAUCAAGGAAGAGACCAUCAAAACCGUAAUGGAGGAAGAAGAUCAAGAACCUGGAACUCUUGCCUCAAAAAAGAAGUCUAAGAAGUCUAAGAACAAAGAGAAGUUACCAAAUGACGAGAACGAAGAGAUCGUGUUGGAUAAUCCUGCAGAAAUAAAGUGCGAGAUAGUAAAAGAAGAAGAAGAACAACAACAACAACACGCACAACAAGCACAAGCAGACGGAACAUUAGUUUCGACAAAAAAGAAAUCCAAAAAGAAAGAAAAGCAAUUCGAAAAAGUCGAAAUAAAGACUGAGGAAAAGCACUCUGAAACACUCCCGAAGAAAAAAUCCAAACAGUCGAAGGAGAACCUGGCGGAUCCUUCAAAUGAGCAUGACAUCGUUAUUUUGGAACCCUCUGGAGUCGAAACCUCCAAAAAGAUCAGCAGCAAGAAGCGGAAAAAGGAUGAUAAAAAGAAGGAUGAAUCGCCUGCUAGUAAGAAAAGCAAGGCCAAUGAAGAGGAACCGCAGAUCGUUUUCGAGCAAGUAGAUGUCACCAGCGAGUCCAAUACCAUCCAUAAACCUCCUUUGAUUAAAAAGGAACCAAUACCUUCCCCCGCUGUGAAUAUUACCUCCAACAAAAAACUAAAGUCUGCUUUGAGUAAUCCGGACAUUGACGAAAUAUUCAAGCAGAGUGUAACGGAAGGGUUCAAGGGCUCGAAUCUGACCCGAGUACGUGGUUAUGCUUUGGCCAUAGCCACUAAAGCCAAGAAAACGUCCAAGAAGAAAAAGAAGACGGCGUGACGAGUACUUUGUGUGACACUUUAUGGAGCCGUCUAAACGCAAUAAGCAAUACACGGAUAUUUUUGAAGAAUA